CCCUCCCACUAUUGUUAAUGACUAACAACAAGCGCAGUGACAUUCUAUCGCGCUCUCACGCUCACAUUAUCAUUGAUACUGAGCGCUUACAGGUGAACUAUUUCCCGGGAGUUGACAUACUUUAUUUUUUCCCGAAAAAAACCCUAUAUGCAAAUGUAUGUCACAAGUUUAAGUUUAGAGAGGACAGACAGCCGUUAAGAUGAAGGGAAUACCCAGGAAACGUCGAAGAAGUCGGAUUUGUGUUUGAAGACCUUUACGAUCAGGAGGUCUUGGUGGAGACAAUUCCGUGUUUAUUAUCAUAUGUUGCCAUGGAGAAGUGGACCAUGGUCCUUGUUUUCCAUGUAGGAGCGCUAUAUAAUGCAGCCUUCUGUUCACCUCCCAUGCCCGUCGAUGUCUGGUUCUCUUCCAUAAAUCUUCAGAAUAGUCUCCAUUGGCUUCCUGGGGAACACACUCCACCGGGCACCUACUUUAGGGUGCAGUGUGCCAUCUAUGGCGAACGCUGGAGGGUGGUGCCGCACUGCAGAGAACUGGAGCUGACCCGGUGUGAUCUGACCAAUCAGACGCAGGAUCUGGAGCAGGGCUACUUCGCAAAGGUCCGAGCUGUAGAUCGCACUGGUCCCUCUAAGUGGAAGAAGACGCAGAAACGAUUUGACCCCAAGACUGAUACUAUCUUAGGCCCCCCAUUGGUCACCCUGGAAAUGAAAGGCAACAGUGCCAUUGUAAACAUGAAGUCACCAAUGAGAUACCAGCCAGACAACAGCAAGCCAGAGAUGACCAUGUUGGAAGUCUACCCUCAGAUGGCCUUUAACCUCUCCAUUCGCAUUGCUGACAGCAAAAACCUGACGCAACAUAUCCCAUUCUCCUCCGGUCGAUAUGUGUACCGCCUGAUGGACUAUGACACAGAGUACUGCUUCUCCGCCCGGACCAGAUUCAACUCCAUGCUAAUCGAAUGCCAGCCCUCCACCUGGCACUGCAUCAAAACACCUCAUGACCCGUUCAUCGGCCAGCUGAGGAGCGUGGUUGUGGGGAUCGUGGUUCCGUUGUGUUGCAUAUGCGUGCUCGGAGUCGGGGCCUACUUCAUCCAUUACCUGGUGUGGGGCAAGGAGGAGAAAUGGCCACAGGCACUGGAACCAACGUGCCACUCCUUCCCUCCGCCGACUUACACUCCCGAGCACUUGGACCCCAUCCACGUCGGCCCUUACCACCCCAAGCCGCCGCCGCCGCCGCCCGACAGCGCCUACGGGCCGCAAUCGCCCAUUGGCUACGCCUCGCAGGGUCGGGGCGUGCUCCCGGACCUGCUGUGCUACGCCCUGCAAGGUCGGGGCGCGUCCCCGGAGCCAGCGCCACCCUGGGAGGACUGCCACGAGGCGGGAGGCACGGACUACGGAUUCGUCAGAGGGGAUCCGGUCGGGGGCGGACAAGAGGGCUCGGAGGACCCCAGGGAGGGGCUGGGGCACGGGGGGGAGGGAGAAGGGAGGGGUAGGGGGGAGGAGGACGAGGAGGAGGACGAGGACGAGGACGCAGGCAUGAUCCAUUGGGACCCUGAGAGUGGAGUGUUCGUGCGUCCCGAGACGUGGGCGUGGGCAGAGGGAGGUUUGGAUCGCUGGCUGCUGGGAGCGGGACAGCCCGGGAGCAGAGGAGGGGAGGAGGAGGAGGAGGAGGAGGAGGAGCAGGAGGCGGGAGCAGAGGGAGGGACAGGAGGUGUGAGGCUGGAGAACGUGUUUGUGCGGCAAGGGUCGGAGGAGCAGAGAGAGAACGCGAGGGCGAUGGAAUUGGAGAUGGGAACCUUGCUGGCCAACUGGAGCGUAGUGGUGGUGGACGAGUAGGGACCAAGGAGCACGGACACCACUCACCUCCUUUGUAUUGACGUAUAUAGUUUAGUAUAUAUAGUAGAUGCAUAGCUUUUAUUAUACACUUUACUAUGCACAACAGUGUCCUUUUUUUAGCCUUUGACAAAUGACAAACUCAAUAAUUAUGAACAAAUCGUACUCUUUCGAUUUUAUUAUUAUUAUUUGUGUUAUUAUUGAAACGAUAGACUAUUUCUGUAUAAUGGUGACCCUUCCUAGAAUUUGAAGUACAUGUAUGCAAAGAUUCUAUUGGGAUCUUAUUAGUUCAGGCUCAGUUCAAGCAUGUUUUAUGGAUGGGGGUGAAAUCCUCCAUCGUGAUGUAACCUCCAUCAUGACUCCUCCUGGAGGUUAGUGGAGGAGUGGAGUAGGGCACAUUGACCCAUCACUGACCUCUUUAACCUACUUCUUCUCACUGGCUCUUGGCGGACAGUGAAUGACGGAUUAAAAUCGCUGACUUCAAUGCAUUCCAGAAUCCCGGUGAAUAUCAAUGUUUUACCUAAAAUUAAGGUGUUUUGUAACUCCAUUGAUGGGAUUAUUAUAUUAUUAUGUUGUAGUUUUUUUUUUUUUUUAAGAUAUAUGUGGGCCAACAUAGAACAUAAACUAUUUUAGCUCUUAUCAUCAUAUUAUUAGUAUUGUUUAUAUUAUCUGUGACAUUAUACAAUGGUUUUUAGAUGAAGUAAAACUUUAGCACUUGAAUGCCCACUCACUCUGUCCACCGUGUUACUACAUGAGCGCUUAUGCUUUUUAUUCUAGAAAUUAUUUGAAGUCAAAUGUAUGGUUCUGUAGUGCUUUUGUCCAUCUACAAUAAUAAUGUGUUGCAUUGGAUUGUUAUAAGAUCUUUCAGUCCAACCUUCAACUAUAGACACCGAAUCUAUGUAAAACCUUCAGGAUGUUUCAGUUGAAUCAACUGGUUUUACUCAGGUUUAAGAUUGUGAACUUCAUGUAUUUUCUAUAUGUCCUAGGCUACUAGACACGAGCCCUUCGAUUUUAAAUAAAAAAUGAAUAUAUAAACAC